AUGGCGGACUAUCCCACAGGAUAUCCAACCGGUCCCAGCCGCUAUCCUGAACACCCGUCGGAACAAGGUGGAUACGGCGAUGGAGCAGCUGCAUACCCCGACGGCCGAGACGGCUCAGGCGGGGGCCGGGGAAGAGGAAGUGGCAGGGGAUACGUGUUCUCAGACGGCGAUUGGCCAUGCCCGAAUCCCAAUUGCACCAACAUGAACUUCGCUAGAAGAUCGGAGUGCAACCGUUGUGGAACCCCGCGGCCAGCCUCUGCCGGCCCCAUGCCUUCCAAAGGACGAGGAAUGAAGCAAGUCAACCCCGAAGAGCCGAGAGGGAAGAUGCCGGCGCCUAAAGAUGGCGACUGGCAUUGCACCAUGUGCAUGAACCUCAACUGGGCGCGACGAGACACCUGCAACAUCUGCGGGAUGAGGAAGCCAGGCGGCUCGGAGGAGAAACGACACUACGAGAGGCAGGAGAUCGCGAGCAAAGCGAGGAGAGAUGACUCGGAUGAAGAGUACGAUGAGUUUGGAAGGAAGAAGAAGAAGAAGAGGAGGGACUGA